GUUCAUUCAUUCAAUCUCUUCCUUACAUCCUCCCUUCAUUCAAUUCUCAUCCACUAUCUCUUUCGAAACUAAUACCUUCCCACCCACCCAUCCACACAGACAUGGCUGUCAUCUGGGGUCUCGAUCUCAAGGAGAUCCAAUGGAGCAAAUUCAAGAGUUCCUAUAUGUUCAAUCGAAUCUACCAUCUCCGUCGGACAAAGAUGAUCGUUUACCAGCUGGCCAUGAUUCUCUGCGUGUGUUCUGAAUCCACAGGCACCGCCGCACUAUCGGACUACGUCGACCAACAAAACUACAUCGAACACCAUCACCCCGGUGUCUCCGUCCAUAACAACGACUUCAUUGGAGCCGCAUCCUAUAAUAUCUUCGUCGGAGUCGCUGUGGCCACCAUCUUCGGCGCCGCCUUCUUCUUCGACCUCUUCUGGCCCGAGCGACACGAGAGCAAGUCGGUCCAUCUGGCCUGGAAGAUCUGCAGCGUGAUUGUCUCCAUCAUGAUGCUCAGUUCGGCUCUGACCAUGACGGUGAUCACGGCGACGAGUAGUGUCAAGGUCCACGGCACGGAUGCCGCAGGAGCCCGCAAGUUCUGGUCCGAGUCGUCCAAGAAGCCUUCUUUCCUCUACCGCACCAACCCCAAAGCGAUCGCCUCGGUGGUUCUCGCAUGGCCAGGAUGGGUAGCCACAGUCGCCAGUACCCUCAUCCUAUUCGCCUCGCAUAAGCACGAUGAUGUCCACGGCCCCAAGUCGAACUACGGUCGCGAGAUGGACGGAGAGAAAGUCCCCGAGCCCGAGACGACCGGUGGUCUACAUAAUACAACUCUUCGGGAGUAAACGUGGUUUAUUGAGAUACCCCCUUGUCAUAUUUUGUUACGACUUUCAUCAGGAAACAUGACACGCAAGGAUACCAGCGAUGAACUGUAUAGAUAUGGCGUUUUGCUUUGGGUUUAUUGAUUUUCUCUUGAAUACUUUGGGCGGGCGGCAAUGCGGUUACUAUGAUUUGGAGUUUACUAUUCACUGUACACUAUAUACUUUUGCUGUAAUUAUAGACGACCAGGCGAAUUUACGAAUAAUGACCGGAU